AUGCACCUCCAGUGCAGUGCAGCUCCGCUGUUUGUUCAAUGGUGGACGCUGCGACGCUGGUUGCUGGUUGCCGCGCUUGUUGCGAUCGUUGCUGCGACGCUUGUCUGGCGUCGCUUCGGCCAAGACGCCGUCCCGGCACACACCACCAGGCACACUCUGUCAGCCGUCCCACUGGAUUGGCAGCAGCAACAGCAGCAGCAGCAGCAUUCGCAGGUGUCGCCGUCUUCCCGCCAUGCUGCGCGACCUGCGCCGUCGUUUUCGCGCGGGAACGGCUUGGUCGAUUUCAAUGCCGUCGCCCAGCAGCAGCAGCAACGGCAGCAGACGCGCCACCACGCCGCCACCACUGCGCACAGCAAGAAGCCCAACUCCACCACCACGUCCUCCUCUGGAGCAGCGGUUGAUCUGCAUGCGAGCGCGGCACUGGACGCCGCGUACCGUCGCAAUGGCACUGCAUUGCCGCCGUCGUCCCUGUCCAACAGCCAAAGCAGCAGCGCGGUUGCCUCUCCGUCGACUGCUCACCGGACAAGCAGCCACGGGCUUGCGAUGCCCACCUCGACGGCGACGUCUGCAUUCUCAAUGGACUCGCUGCUCAUGAACAAUGCGUCGUCGGCUUGGGACGCAGUCAUCGCAGACAGCAAGCUUGCUACGUCGAAUGGCAAUCAUGGCAGCUUGUUUGACGAUGCGCUCCAAUCGCUCGCAGACCCAGCCCCGUCCUCCGCAAGCAUGCACGCAGCACACUCGUCCGACAAGGCAUCCAGCUUGUGGGCGGCGGCGGUCGGACAUCCUAUCGGUGUGACUGUGUCCGCCAAUCCGUCCACGACAAACAAUCCACGCGACGCGCCGCCAACAACAACAGCCCCAGCAUCACGAGCCUCUCAAAAGCGAGCUGUCGAAGACAGUCCGUCGCGAAACCCGGAAUCGCCAGCAAAAACGUCUGCCGCUGAUGCGGCGGCGUCCAAGCGACAACGUGUUGACCGGCGCGGUGCCAAGCGGGAGGCAGAUGCCCUGGACAACGAUAAGCACCAAAGGAAGAAGCAUCAAGCAGACAGUUCUUCAAAACCCGCCGAUGCAGUCUCCGGGGUCAAACGCACGCGACGGGUGUCGCAGGGCGAGACGAGUGACUCGGGCUCGGAUGCCGACGAGCCUCAUCACACCAAGCGGACUCGCGCCGCUCCCACGCACGAAGACGACGACGCCGACGACGACGACGGUGAUGACAACGACGACGGUGACGACAACGAACUGGAUGGAGAGGUGAGCACUGCGCGACACCGACGCGCGCGCGAAAGCGACAGUGACUCUGACGAGGACAAUGCUGCCACGAAUUCGGCCAAAGCCGGCGUUCGCCACAGCAAGCGCCGACGAGGCGCACGUGGCAACGGCAAUAGCAAUGACAAUGACAAUGACGACGGCGAGAAUGCCGAUAGCGGCGACUCGGCGGACAAACUGGAUAUUAGUGACGACGCCAUCGACCCCAUGGACGAGGACGAGGAUGCCAUCAGCUCAUCCACGGUCACUGCCAACAAGGGCACCAAGCGGCGGUCGGCGUCUCCGCCCAACGAAUCAGCGAGGCAAUCCAAGCGACGAGAGGUCGGCAGCCCUGACACUGCUGCACCCCGCAAGUCGUCGUCGUCGUCGGCGGUCAAGUCCCGAUCCGAGAUCGUGGAGGGCGAAUUGCUUCCGCGCCAAACUAUUGAGCUCACGCCUGUUGGUCAUGCAUCUCUGCGACGCAAAGCGGCACCGACCAAAGAAUCGGGCACCACGCCCACCCCGCGACGAAGCCGCAUCCCCCUCGCAUCCACCAAUGGCACGCCAGCUCGCUCCUCCCACACGCCGAAACGCACACCAGCAGCCUUGUCCAACUUGAGGCACGUCACCAACGCCACUCCGGCAGCUGCCAACAGUACUCCGUCUGCCUCCGCAGCAGCGGCCCCUCACGCGUAUGCCGCGUCCACGGCUUCCCGAUUUGUGAACUUUUCCACUCGCUUUGCGCGCCGCGAAGACGAGCUCUUGCAGGACGAGCAAGACGGCGACGAUCGCGUGGCUGCGCUGCUGGCUGCCUCCAAAGAGCCGACUGUCGCUGCACCCGCUGCAUCUGUCCCUGCUGCAGGCUCACUUGCCGGUCCGCCCGCACUGGGCGGUGCUGGUUUAACAUCUGCCGCCGGUGCUGCGUUGUUCAAGCCCCCAGGACUAGGUAGUGUGGCGCCGCCCGCCGCUGGCGCAGCGCCCCCUGCGACUCUGCCUGCACCUGGUGGCGCCUUGCCGCCGCUUGCCUUGGGCGGAGCGCUCGGCGGUGCCGCGGGUGGCCUGCCCGGCUUUAAGCCUCCAGGCGCUCCUGCCGCUACAGGUCUGCCUGCAGCUCCAGGUUUGCCUUCUGCGCCUGCUUUGCCUGGAUCGCUUGCAAGUGCACUUGCUCCUGCAGCUGGUGUGGCGACUCCUGUGGCCGCUGCUACCGCUGCCUCGGCGACGCCUGCUGCCUCGAUUGCUCCUCUGGCACAGCCUGCGCUUGGCGGAUUGCCCGCUUUCAAGCCACCGGGCGCCUUGGGAGGUCUUGCUGCUGCUGCCGCCGCACCUGUUGCUGCAGCAGGCGCCAACCCGCUUGCUGGUCUUGGUGCACCUGCUGCCGCGCCAGCUGGUGGCUUGUUUGGCCUCGCCAAGCCUGCGGCCACUGCAGCACCAGCGUCUGCCGCUGGUCUUGCAGCCAGUCCGUUUGCCAACAAGCUACCGACGCUGGGAGCUGCAGCUGCCCCAGCCGCUGUCGCUCCUGGAGCUCUGCCCAGCUUUGGCGGGCUUGCGCAGCAACCUGCGGCGCCAACUCCGACCAGCAGUCUUCCGGGAUUCCCCCUGGCGGGCCAACCUGCCGUCCAACAACAAACUCAAGCAGCUCCUGCUGCUGCUGCUGCUGCUGCUGCUCCGGGUGGCUUGUUUGCCGCGUUCAAACCUGCUGGAGCGGGUGCGGUGACCGGCGGCUUCAUGGCUGGCAACGCCGCGGCUGCUCCAGCGGCCGCCGCUCCUGCUGGGUUUGCUGGGCUGCAGCAAGCACCCGUUGCACAACCGCCAGCUGCGGGCGGCACGGCGGGCUUCAAGUUUGGUGGUGCCGGUGCAGCUGCCGCAACUGCAGCGCCAAACGCUGCACCCGGCGGUGCCAUGGGCGGUUUUGGUGGUUUUGCACCCCAGGCUCAGCCUCAGCAACAGCAACAACAGCUGCCGCACAACCCUGCCAUGGGAAUGCCAGGCGCUCAAGCGGCAACCGGCAUGGGCGGCUUCCAAAACUCGUUCAACAUGCAACAACCCGCUACAGCUGCUGCUGCUGCUGCUGCUGCAGCUGGUAUGGGCGCCGCGAACGGAAUGGGCAUGGGUGGUGCUAACGGUAUGGGUGGCUUCCAGCAACAACCUCAAGGCGCCGGCGGGUUUCAAGCCGGCGGCUUUGGUGGCGGCAUGGGCAACGCCAAUCCCCCAGUUGUUGGCGGCAUGAACGGUGCCGGGUUUAAUCGCGCCCCGGCAGGGCAGGCACAGAUGCCUGCCAUUGGUUUCAGCACUCCAGCCAAGAAUGCCGGCAAGCCGCAGUUCGGUGGCCAACAGCAGCAGAGCCCGCAGUCCUUCAACAGCGUUCCUGCCAAGACUGGCGGAUUUACCUUUGGUGGCAAAGGCCCUGCACAGCAGCAGCAGCAGCAACAACAGCAACAUCAGCAACAGCAGUUCCCAGGCGCCCAAGGUGCUGGUGGCUUCAACUUUGGCGGCAAAGGAGGCGCGGCCCAAAACCAGCCCGCUGGCGGCGCCGGAUUCACCUUUGGUGGCAAGGGCGCUCAGCCCCAGCAAAACCAAGUGCAGCAAGCGCAAGGUGGCUUUGCAAUGGGCGGUCGAGGCGGUGCCAACGGCGGUGCUAACGGCGGAGGCAACGCCGGCCGCGGCGGUUUCAAUUUCGGUGGAGCGGCACGAGGUGGAGGUGCCGCCGGCGGCGGUGUCCCUGCUGCGAAUGCCAAUGCUGGUGGCCGCGGUGGCUUCAAUUUUGGUGGCAACGCUGGACGCGGCGGUGGCCACGCGGCACAGCAGGCUGGCAACUUUACCAAUAACAAUGCGCCUGCCCAAGGCUUCACCUUUGGCGGCGCUGCUCCCGCGAACAAUGGCGGUGGCCAGGCGACUGGCGGAUUCACUUUCGGCAAUUCGUCGCGCGGUGGUGGUGGCUCUGGCGGCCGUCGCGGUGGUCGACGAUAGGCUUACAAAAGUUUUGUUUCUUUCGCUGUUGCAGUCCUCCUGUCACGCAUUUUCAAUUUCCUUUGUAUCAUCAGCAUUACAUUGUUUCACAUUG